CGUUAAAAAAAAUUAUAGAAACGUUUCUGACGUACCAGAAUCAAUUUGCAAUAUAAUUUCGAUUGAACUGACUGAAGGAUCAACGGAAUGUUAUCAGAGCGCGCGGAGAAGUCGCAGUGGGCGGCGCGUCGGUCGCCGGUCGCAACGCGGCGUGCCUGCCCGGCCGCGAGUGUGCGCACAGACGCGCGACGUUGCGCCAGUCGCGUCGCACCUCCGUCGCGAGUCGGUGCGCUUUUUCGUCGCAACAACCACUGACUAGAAAUUCAAAUCGUAAAUCACUCGCGUUCUCUUCAACAAUUUUUUUUUAAGCCCCUUUGUUGUUGUAGCACUUAUAAUGACGGCUAUUGAGUAAUGGCUGUAUAAUUCUGAUGCCGUAGUCGUUUUUUUUUUUUUUUUUGUAAGGUCAUUUUGACGUUUCAUGUUUUUCGAGUAGAUAGUAAAAAUGUUGGAGUUUAAUCCGGUAUGUCUGAUAGAGGAGAUACAGAAGCGACCGGGUCUAUACAGUUCGGAAUGUCCAGCCGACCGCGAGGAGAAGUUGGCUCUGUGGAAAGAGGUCGGGUCGUCGAUGUUCCCCGACUGGGAUACUAUUAAUAAAGCAACUGCGUACGACAGGGUACUACAACUGCAGAGGAAGUGGAGAUCCCUACGAGAUGCUUACAACAGGGAGCUAAGGGCUCGUCGCUCCGGCGUUAGGAUACACAAGAGAACGUACAGGCACUUCAAGAGAAUGAUCUUCCUGGGCGGCUAUGAGGGGCCCAUCAGCGAUGGAGAUAGCGAUUCAAAAGACGAGGACGGAACCCAAGACAACAGCGGCAGCAACCCAGAGGCACAGACCCCAGAGCCGAUAGAGCCACCAAAGAAAGUCAGAAGGAAAAAACGCAAGCGACAGCCCAGUUGCGAUACCUAUCCAACCCAGGAAGUCGAGAUGCCCGUGUUCCCGGUCGACAUUGACAGCACGACUGACACUGACAGUGACAAGCUGUUCCUCCUGUCAUUCUUGCCCGAGAUGAGGCAGUUGCCGGUCCAUUUAAAGAUGUGGGUUCGAUCGCAGAUCGCCAAUACGAUGCAGGAGGCGGUUACGAAUCAUUAUAACAGCACAAAAUCGUUUGGUAUGGAGCGAAGUGACAUUAAGAGACCUCGGAAAGACAGUACUGAAUAGGAUUAUUUUUAAUAUCAUUGUCGUUACGUCUGCAAUGGCAAAGACAUAGCCAAACCCCUGCCUGCUGCUAGGUUUUUGAGAAAUCUAGAUUGUUUUGGCUUCAUUCCUAUAACGAUUCGGUAAUUGGACAUUUAUACAGGGCGUGACGAUUCUCCGAUUACUGUACAAUAAUUAAAGAUUUGGUUUUAGUAGGAACGAAAAUAUUUUUAUAUUGUUUAAGGAAGUAAAUGUAAAGAAAUUUAGGUCACUGAAUUUGAACAAAUUUAUAUAGUUAAAAAAGAAAUAGGUCACUGACCUCGUCGAUAACUACAGCGUGUUUGCGGGGCUUUGAGAAUUAUUAUCUAAUAGUUUCCUUAAUUCUAGCGUAAACGUUGAUAUAAGUCCACUCCACUUCUCUAUAUUGGGAAGAGGUGGAAAAUGGCGGUUUUUGUACAUUAAAAAGGUGUUCGC